GGGUUCACAGUUGCUAGCGAAAGCGGAAUCCAAUCAGUUUGUUUAGUUUACUUUUGCCGGUCGGUUCAUUACGCGAAUACAAACGACGUCGAAUCCGGUAGGCAAAGAAGAGUUAAUAUAUUUCACGGAAGGAAAUGCCAACGCCGAUGAGGACUUCCUUUCUGCGUAUUGUGAAUUAGUUUAUGAGCAUUGGCUAUGGAAUUUGAAUAUAUCUACCGAGAAGCUCUUGAAUAAGAAAUAGAAGACUCGAGUGCAAAUGUUCGUGACACGUGCAGAUGUCCUCAGUUGAGAGUGUCGUGCCAUCAACGGUCAUAGAACGAAGCAUGCUUUGAUUAUUGACUCUCGUUUGAUAGUAGAUUAACCUUCGACUAGCUCGUAACCGAUCAAACACAUUUCGAUUAGCAAUUGCAUCGCUAGGGUAUCACCGUAGCAGUAGGCGCUGGAAGGUGGAACAAAGAUACAAGGGACGAUACGAGGCGCCCAUCCAAUGCGACCGAAAACGGCGACGAAGAAGAUUUGCCAGUCCGAAGCUGACGUGAUGAUAGACAACGAAGACGAGGAUGAUUACGAAGGAUACUUUCUUCGGCCCGCCAACGAGUACAAUAUCAAGGAGAAGAUUAAGCUAGCGAAUCAAGAAUCUUUUGCAAUACCGACGCCCCCAUCGCCGAAAUAUUUGGUUGGAGAGCGUAGGGUUACCUUCAGGGCACAAUUGGUGGAUUACGAACCGGACGAGUACAGUGACGGCGAAGCAGAGGAAGGGAAUUACACGGCUACAAAUGGUGUUGCCCACGAAGGGUCCGAAUCUUCUCCGGAGAUAAACGAUCGUUCCCUAAGCAAAAAUCCCGCUGGCGAUAUGGAUGAGGUUGACGAAGAUAUAAUAGAAGAGCUAAGCAUCAAUGAUACCCCUGAGGAUGACAUUGAAUCCCGCGUCGAAACGGUGCAAGAUGAGGAGGAACAAGAGGAAGAAGAAGACGAAGAACAAGAACCGGAAGACGACGAAGAACUAGAUGACGAAGUAACGGAAUCCAGCUUGGACACGGAAAUUCAUAAUCCUGAAACGACUAGCGAGGACAGCAGCAGUCCGACUAAGGCUCGCGCAAGUGAAGAAGGUUCCGGUUCCGGAGAUGCACAGGAAAUCAAUUACUCGGAAGAUUCUCAAAACGAUGAAGAUAACUCCGAAGAAAGAGCCAUUUUGAAAGAACAGUUGAUGAGAGAAUCACUGUCGUACGAUAACGAGGGUGUCGAUAAUGAAGAUGAAACCCAAGAUCAAUAUGACGAUGAUGACGAGGAGGAUGAAGAUGGUGACGAUGGUAGAGACAGUCCUUUACAGGCGCACUUAGAGAAAAAGUCUGCAAAAUGUCAGCGGAAGUGUUGUCGGUUCAAAAAGCAUGUGAACGAAAAACUUCCGUAUUACAACGGCUACCAUUCGGAGUAUGGGUUAUCGAAGGCUGAACUGGACGCGAAGAGAAAACGAGUCGAGGCAAAGAAACAACGAUUUCAGGAACGUUAUCAACGCAAAGUAGAGGAACAACAAAUAAAAGCGCAGACGAACGAAGAAGCUUUUGCGACAUGGUUGAACAAAAAGUUGAAGAAUUCUAUCAACAAAUAUCAAAACAUGUACGAUUUCAAGGGGAAGAGAAACAAAAGAAGACUUUCGAAAGAGACAACCUCUGCGACGGCUGUUGCAUGACAUUUUGAUGCACAUUUGAUUUGCAUUACUUGAAUUGAAGUUCAAUCUUUUGGAAAUAAAACUCAAUGAAAGUA